AAGAAGUUGAAUGACUUCAGAUCAGCUUUCUGAUGGAUGCUGAUCAGAAAACAUUUCCAAAAGUCAAACGAAAAAGGAAGAUCGAAGAUGAAGAUGAAAAGAAGAUCAUUCCUAAAAAUGAGAAAGAAGUGAAACCUGAAAUCAGGGCGAAAACUGAGGUUACAUCGCUACGUGGGGCAAAGGAAGAAUCCGUUGAUGCUCCUCCUAUUGAUCCUUCACGUUUGAUGAAACAUGACACAGGCGCAUCUGUUCUCAAUCCUGCAAAUAUGAGGAGUGAAUUUCAUAAGGAAAAGUUUGCUAUGAGAAAGAAGAAAUUGGUUCAACGCUCUGAAAAAACAGCUAGAGCCGAGAUUCUCAACAAGGAGGAAGAAGGGUACAUAGAAGGAGAUGACGAUGUCCCCACUUAUGCUAUACGUCAGACGGAAAUUGCAGAUGCAGUAGAUAUGGCUAAUGCUAGCAAACAUUUCGAUCUCCAUCUUGAAAAUUUUGGUCCUUACCACAUAUCAUACACUGACAAUGGGAGACAUUUGUUACUUGGAGGGAAAAGGGGUCACAUUGCUUCACUGGAUUGGCAAACCAAGAAUCUGCAUUGUGAGACGAAUGUUAUGGAGACCGUACGUGAUGUACAAUGGAUGCACACAGAAAAUAUCUAUGCUGUCGCUCAGAAGCAUUAUACUUAUGUUUAUGAUAACCAAGGGACCGAAUUGCACUGCGUAAAGCAGUUACACGAGAUUCGCCGACUUACCUUCCUACCUCGACAUUUUCUAUUGGUCGGCUCGUCUGGAACUGGCUGGUUGCAUUGGUUGGAUGUUUCUAUUGGCAAAAUGGUGACGUCAUUUCCAUGUCGGAUGGGACCGUUGAACGUUAUGUGUCAGAAUCCUGGAAAUGCAAUAAUUCAUACUGGACACGAUAACGGAACGGUCUGUUUGUGGUCUCCAAAUGUGAAGGAGCCGCUCGUAAAGAUGCUCGCCCAUCAAGCUUCAAUCAAAGGCAUGGAUAUCGACCAAACUGGAAAGUAUAUGAUUACUACGGGUCUUGACCGAAAGUGCAGAGUAUGGGAUGUGCGGAUAUACAAACAGUUACAUGCUUAUUCUCUACCUUUCGGACUUUCUCAUGUUGCCGUCAGUCAGCGUAUGGCAGUGGCCUGUGCGAUAGGUAACACAGUUCAGAUCUUCAAAGACAUGCAUCUCGGUGUGUGUCACGAACCUUACCUUGCACAUCGCCUCAGCGGUCCAGUUUCAAGUCUGGCGUUUGUUCCUUACGAAGACGUUCUGGGCGUUGGACAUGCGAAUGGAUUUACCAGCAUGCUAGUGCCAGGUGCCGGCGAAGCAAAUGUUGAUGCGACAAGAGCGAACCCCUACGAGACGAAGAAGCAGAGGAGGGAACGUGAAGUGAAACAACUCCUUGAUAAGCUCCAACCUGAGCUUAUCUGUUUGGAUCCCAAGGAUAUUGCUCGUGUGAAUGAGGAUCUCUUAGAAAAAGAAAUGGAAGAUAGAAAGAAGAUUUUGUAUGUUCGGCCAGUCCACAUCGAAUAUACACCAAAACACAAAAUGCGAGGACGCGGAACGGGAUCGCAUAAGGAACUUCGGAAAAGCAUGGUGGUUGACGAUAUCCGAAAAGAACGCAUUAAUGAAAAGAGGGAAGUUGAAAAAGAAGUGUUUGGAACUGAAAAAACAGAGUCAUCCAAACCGAAACAGCUGCUUGAUAGAUUCCGGAAAUAGUCUGAGGAAAACUUUGUUAUUGUUGUUCCUGUUAUCAUUUUUCCUAUUGUGUUACUUUACGUUGUUGAUGCUCAUUGUUAUACUUUAACC